AUGUCGCUCGAACGUGUCGAUUCCGUUGACCCGACAGAGGUCUACGACUACAUCAUCUGCGGAGGUGGAACAUCAGGCUGUGUGAUUGCGGGACGCCUCGCCGAGGACGUCGAUGCUAAGAUCCUCGUUCUCGAGGCCGGGCCUGACAAUGCGGAUCUCGAGAAUGUGCACAUGGCAGGCGGAUGGAGUAAGAACUUCGACAGCGAGACAGACUGGAAUAUCGUCACCGAGCCGAUGAACAGCGUCAACGACAGGCAGGUCAAAGUCAGCCGUGGUCGGUUCCUUGGCGGAUCAAGUGGCGUCAAUGGAACGUUGUGCAUUCGCGGCACCAAGCAAGAUUAUGAUGACUGGGACAUGGAGGAGUGGACUGGCGACAAGAUGUUCGGGUACAUGGCGAAGGCGGAAACCAUGCACGAGAAAGACUGGCACAAGGCAGACAUGUCGGUACACGGAACCUCUGGCCCUCUACACAUCGAGCCGCACGACCUUGCGCCGAUCUCGGAACGCGUCAAGGAAAGCAUGAUAGACGUCGGACUUGCUUACCAUCCAGAUAUGUUCUCGACUGGUGAGACACCUCACGGAUGCGGUGACGUGCCGCGCACAGUGCAUCAGGGCAUCCGCACCACGGCAGCCGACUUCAUCACCAACAGCAACAAGAGGGCGAACAUCACCAUCAAGACCGAAGUCGUCGUCGACAAGAUCCUCUUCUCCGAUGACUCGGGCGAACUCACCGCGACAGGCGUAGCCACCAUCUCCAAAGCCGGCAAGAAGAUCGAGUACCACGCCAAACAGGAAGUAAUCGUCACAGCAGGCGCAUACUGCAGCCCAACGAUCCUGAUGCGAUCCGGCCUCGGGCCCGCAGAAGAGCUAAAGAAGCACGGCAUCGAGUGCAAAGUCGACCUGCCCGGCGUGGGCAAGAACCUGCAAGACCACUGCCUCGUCUUCAUCUUCUACGAAGUCUCGGAGCCAAACCUGACAAACGACUACCUCGCCUACCACGACGACGCAAUGGCAUCCACAUACCAGCUCUACAAAGAGAAGAAAUCCGGCCUACUAAGCACAUUUCCUUUCGGCAUAUUCGGCUACGCACGCCUAGACACGCGACUGCAGGACUCGCAGCUCUGGCGCGACGCCGCGCGCUCCGAAGGGCGAGACCCCAUGGGUCUGCUGCCCAACCAGCCGCACAUGGAGUUGUGGAACACGGAGCUGUACGGCGGGCCGAAGCAGUACGAUGACUUCCCCAUCGACGGGAAGCAUACGUUCGCCAUGUGCAACUUGCUGUUCAACGCGCGCAGCCGCGGCACCGUCACGCUCGCGAGCGCCGACCCAACUGCGAAUCCCAUCGUGGAUCAUAAUUACCUCGCGGACCCACUGGACUUGCUCGUUAUGACCGAGGCGUGUGCGUUUGCGAAUGAGAUGGUUGUGAAUGGUAAGGGCACGAAGGGCGUGGUGAAGGGCAGUUGGCCUGCGGGGUUGACGCAUCAUCGGAACGCGACGAGGGAGGAUUGGAUUCCUCAUGUCAAGCAGCAUGCUACGACCUGCUACCACCCCAGCAGCACGUGCGCCAUGGGCCCAUCGUCAGAUCCUAACGCGGUGCUUGACUCGCGGCUAAGGGUCCGCGGUGUGCGCAGCCUGCGCGUCGCGGAUGUGUCGUCCAUCCCGCGCGUGAAUAACGGACACACGCAGAUGGUCGCGUACGGCGUGGGUGAGGGCGCGGCGGAGAUGAUCAAGCAGGACGCUCUCGGGCAGCGGGUGCGGUUCUUGAAGGUGAAUGCGUAG